CGGAAGUCGAAGCAUGGACCUUGCUGUGCGUUGCUAACUAGCUGGCUGGAUACUCAGCUGUAUUAGUUUCUUUUGUAAAAUUAAUAUUUUUUUUUAUUAUACCCAACUGUUCCAAACACCAGUGAGCUCGAGCAGCUUUAAGAGCUAUGGCAUGUCGUAAAGUUUGCCAAAUGGUCCAGCGCCGUCUGGCAUCUAGCGCAGCAGCUGAGCGUCUGUCAGCGGCAGAGCUACGCAGCUGGCGGAGCGCUCUGUUUUCCAAAGAGCAGAAUCGUCAGCGGUCCCUCUACCCACGCAUAGAGAAGAUAGAGGUGGCCAUGCAGGGGCCUGGACUCCAGGGGACGCGUCUGGUUAUGAACAAGGGGGUGUCUACCCCGCACAGCUGUGCAAAGCACCUGACGGAGUGGCAUGUGUCCAGUGCAGCUCUCGCCCUGGUUGACGGUGAGCUGUGGCACUUGCAUCGACCCCUCACCCGCUCCUGCAUCCUCCGCCUCCUCACAUUCAAAGAUGUCGACCCUCAACUCGUCAACCAGGCAUUUUGGCGCUCCUGUGCAUCCUUGCUGGGCCAGGUGCUUGACGAUGCCUUUAAAGAGGAAUACAGCGUGGAGUUGCUGAAUGUUCUGGAAGUGCCAGUCUCUGCGGGUGCCUUCUGCUGUGAUCUGGUGCUGGACCCUCGCCUCGAUUCCUGGAGCCCCUCAGAGGAGAACCUGCGCUCCUUAACCCGUGAUGCUCAGCAGCUCAUUCAUAAAGACUUGCCCUGGGAGCCUCUGGAGGUGGCACCCCCUGUAGCUCUGGAGAUCUUCUCCCACAGCAGAUGUAAACAAGAAGAAGUGGAGGAAAUCGCUGCUCAUAGUCCUAAUGGCGUAGUGUCCCUAUACAGGUGUGGGCAGCAUGUGAUGCUGUCUGGUGGCCCCCUGGUGGCCAGAACAGGUCUGUGCUGUCAGUAUGAGGUAACAGCACUCCAUGCAGUGGGAGAAGGGCAGUGGGGCUUACAGCGCAGGGCUCAAGGACUCUCACUGCCUGUGAACCUUACGGCUCAUCAUACAGUGUGGAGAAGGCUGAGGCAAAGAGCUGAGAAACUGGUGGAAAUGCCCUCAUCUGCAGACAGUGAACCUGUGACCACACCGCAAACUCCAGAAGCCAUUCCCCCUUCUUCUUAGUGACUUGCAAUCAUCAAUCCUAGUGCAAAUAACUUUGUAUCAUAUUGUUCAAUAAAGCGCAUGCCAAGCUGUAAA